AUGAAGACGUUCGUAGCGAAUACCACGAGGCAGCACAGUAGCAAAGACGUAGUAUCUGGGGAAAACCGGGACAAUGAGUCUACAAGGACUCAGAAAUGGGAGGCCCGGCGUUGCGUCCGACGCUUCGGACGCCGUGGAGCGGAUGGUUUCGUGGCACUCACAGAUGGCUAUCUUCUCGUUGGGCGUACACACAUUGAUGGCCAGUGUGACCUCGAACUGGUAUUUCUUCAGGCGCAACUAACGGACGGUGGAUUCGAGGCCGGCAGGCAUCAGAACGCGGGCGUGGCCUCGGCGGGCCAUUGUUUUCUUUUGUUCCGUGACUACUUCGUAGUACUCUGUGCAAACGGCCACUGCACUACGGCCGUACCUGCCCAGGCUCCCGAGCAAGCACUGACAACUGCCUUAACCCCCCCAGACAUCGCGGCCAGGGCGCGUCCCACCGAGCUCGCCACGCCAUGGCAGCGGCCUCCCGAUGAGCCUGUAGACGAGAGAAGCACAAAAUACCUCAAUACCAUGCUACGCACCCUAUGCCUGCGGCCCCGAGCCGCAGCGCUGCGUACCGCCUUCCCGGGCCCAGCUCGGCCGCCGAUGCCCCCCCACGCGCCCUCCCCAUCGUCCUCGACCAGCUGCUCCUUCUCCAGCACGCCGGCGCGGCGCAAGAAGGCGGCGCCGAUGCCGCCGCGGCCGAAGCCGCCGCCCGAGGGCGAGAUCGAGGAGUCGUUCCUCAAGGGGUCCGGGCCGGGCGGGCAGAAGAUCAACAAGACCAACAGCGCGGUGCAGCUGAAGCACGGGCCGACGGGGCUGGUGGUCAAGUGCCAGGCGACGCGGUCGCGGACCGAGAACCGCAAGAUCGCGCGCCAGCUGCUGGCCGACAAGCUGGACGACCUGGCGCGCGGGGGCGAGAGCCGCAGCGCCGUCGUCGGCGAGGCCAAGCGCAAGAAGCGUGCCAGCGCCGCCAAGAAGAAGAGGCGCAAGUACAGGAAGCUCGAGGGCGACGGUGCCGCUGCCGCUACUGCUGCUGGGGAAGAGGGAGAGGAGGGCGAGGAGGGGAUCGACCUCGAGGUAGAGAGUGAAAUCGAAGAGGAGGUACAUGGUAGAUCAGAAACGGCCGAUGACUCGCACAGCAGACAUAUACUAGGCCAGCCAGCUAAAGAGAAGGCCCCAACACCCGGCGACGGAGGCUGA